AUGACCCCUGACACGUUUCCCGUGGGUGUCUUCAAGCCUUUGGUGUCCCUCACGGCCUUGAGGUUGAAUAAAAACUUUAACUCGGCGGUAGGAGGGAACAAUUUUAGUUACCCAGAUUUAGCGCUAUCUGACUUGAAAAACUUGAAGGCGCUUUAUAUGGACGGGCUAACGAAUGCGUCGUUCGGAGUGGGAUUCAGUAGGAUGACGUCAUUGGUCAACCUGACCGUAACUGGCUAUCUGGAUGGAUACUGUAAUAUAAUUUGUUUAAGCAACACGACAUUCCAGUACCUGGGACACAUCAAGGUCCUCAACCUCAGCAACUGCCACCUACACGGAAAGCACAUUGACAAGGAUGCCUUCACGCCUUUGGUGAGCCUGGAGAUGCUGGACAUCCACUACAACGAGGACAUUGGAAUCAAACACCUGCAGCAUAUCAUGCACGGGCUGAGGAACAACACGAACCUGUGGUGGCUGGACGUUAGCACCAUCGAGUGGCGCUACUCCACCGGAACUCAAGUCAAUGCCAGUCACGUGACCAACCUCCCCAAGUCCUUGACCACUCUCAAGGUCGCGGGGAACAGCAUUGAGAAGAUAGACAACGACACGUUCGACCAUCUCCCCCCAAACUUAACUCUUCUGGACAUCGGAAAAAACCGAAUCGUGUUCGGGGUUUUCCUUGAAUUUCUCCCAAAACUGACCAAACUCCAGACUUUACUGAUCAACGGUGAAGAUUUCCUCUACAACAUCCCCACAUCAUACAAGAAAGAAUUCAUCGAACAUUUUCAUUCCCACCGCAAGAGGAGAAGCGUUGGGGAUGACAACGCUCUAGUAUUCCACCUCCCACCACAACUGUCCCGGAUAGAAAUGGUUAACGCUGAGUUGCAGUACCGUCUGUCACGGCUGACGAUAGACAGCAACAACUCCCUGACAGACCUUGUGUUGGACAGAAACUUUUUGCCUGAGCUGCAAGGUCCGUUCAUCGGCUUCAAUCAUUUGACCACCCUCAUUAGAUCUUUCUAUUAA